CAGAGCUAUCCAAAUUCCUAAGCUUUCUCUCUCUAUCUCUAGACCCUAGUCACCUCCCUGUGCAGAUAGCCCACUUGCAUCCUCUUUGUCUUGAUUUAUCCUUUUCGAGACCAUCAAAUAAACAAAGGUUUUUGGGGCUCUUUCAAGCUUUGAUUUUGCUGUAAAAAGCCUUAAGGGUCGCCCUUACCUUUUCAUAACAGUCCAUAAAUCUCUCUCUCUUUCUCUGUCUCCCAUGAACAGUGUAAUUAUAAUGGAAUGGAGGUUCUUAUGAGCUAAGAUUUUACUCCCAAAAUGGUUGAACAACAUGGUGGCUAUAAUGCCUGGCCACCAAUUGGAGCUCCAUUAUUAAAUGUUCCAAUAGACGACCAUUGGAGACACUUUGAUAAUUCUGUCAAUGCAGUGUCUUUUGGGUUUGUAGCCACUGCCAUUCUCAUCUCAAUGUUCUUGGUUAUGGCCAUUUUCGAAAGAUUUCUCAGACCCACCUCUGGUAGAAUCCACGGUGACCUUGAGUCCCAGACGGGUUUCAAUGCGAAACUUGGCCACCCAUCACCAAAAAUGACCGUAUAUGCCAAUGGAGUUUCAGUCUUGAUGCCUGGAGAUAAUAUUCCUACAUUUAUAGCACAUCCAGCACCAGUGCCUUGUCCACCUGAUCGAAUUUGUUAUCCUCACCAACUUCACAUGAAUUCAUUUUCAAAUCCCAUCUCAAAAGCAAACUCAAGUUCAAGCCCAAGCUCGAGUGGAGAAAACUAAACAUUCGAAAGUGGGUGUUGUGAUACAAAACAAUUAUCACAACUACGUACUUGUGGAAAAGAGGUUUCUGUUUUUUACUUCUCAUUCAAUAGAGUAUGUUAGUUUUGGAUGGGCUGGAUGGGCUUUGGCAGAGAUGAGCUAUUUUCAAACUGUGGGCAAGGCUUUCACUCAGAUCCAUCUUUCUUCAUAUUUGCAUCUAUUUCCAUGUUCAAAAAAAAAAAAUUCUAGAUAGGGUUGGAUUUGGAUCCCAGAAGAUGGAUUGUUUUUCCCAUCACAUUGGAUUAGUGUACUUGUAAGAAAAUUGAGGAAUGCAACUAUAUAAUGUUAUGGGGAGUA